AGUCACACCAGUAACAUGACGCGCUCAGCAUAGAGAAGGCUGUGAACAAGCCAGAGAUCUCUCAGGGCACAAACCAUUGUGGCUCCCAAGUCAUCAUAAAAGCAGUUCUUCUCUCCAAGGACAGAGCAGAAGACAGAGAUGGGAAAGCAAAAUUCUGUCAAUAUCUGGAUAAGUACAUUCCAGCAACUGCAAGAAAAGGAUCUGAGGAAGGAUUAUGGUCAUGUCUGGAGUCUAACCUUUCAAUAUAAUCUAGUGGACAAACUGACACCUGAACAGAAGAAAGAUGGUUGGAAAAUAUUAAAAAUGAAUUCAUCUGGGAGAUAUGUCUGCUCAUUGUGUUCUAAUAUCUGGAAAUCUGGCCUUAUCCAACUUCUUUUUCACUAUCGUUCUGUAAAUUCUAAGAGGGGUUUGGUGCUAUUACUAUUACAGUGCCCACAAUGUAAAAGCACUAAUAUGGAAAAGACAACCAUAGAAGAAGACAAAAUACAUGAUUUUCUAAUGAGUCUAAUUACAACAAUUAGGAAAAAAAUUUACAAAAACAACAUCCAGCCUACAACUUUAAAGCCACCAAAAUGCAAAGCUGUUCCAUCAUUGCCACCAAAAGAGAAGGAAGGAGAAAAAAACAUCAAUGUCUGGAUAAGCACAUUCCAACAUUUACAGGAAAAGGAGCUGCGGAAGAAUUACAACUGUGUCUGGAAUAUAAACUUUCAGUAUGAUCUAGUGGACAAACUAACACCUGAACAACAGAAAAACGAUUGGAAAAUAUUAAAAAGGAAUUCAUUUGGCAGAUAUGUCUGCUCAUUAUGUUCUAAUAUCUGGAAAUCUGGCCUUAUCCAACUUCUUUUUCACUAUCGUUCUGUAAAUUCUAAGAGGGGCUUGGUGCUAUUACAAAUCUGCAGGGAGCAGUGCCCACAAUGUAAAAGCACUAAUAUGGAAAAGCCAACUCUAGAAGAAGACAAAAUACAUGAGAUACUAAUGAGUCUAAUUACGGCAAUUAGGAAAAACUGUUACAAAAACAACAUUCAGCCAACAACUUUAAAGCCACCAAAACCCAAAGCUGUUCCAUUACCACCAAAAGGUAAAGGAAAACAAAAAUCCCAAAAUGUCUGGAUGAAAACCUUUCAUUUUCUGAAGGAAAAGGAGCUUGGGGCAGACUAUGGUGAUGUUUGGAGUUUGAAUUUUAAGUAUGAUCUAAUGGGAAAGCCGACUCCUGAGCAGAAGAGUGAAGGAUCAUGGAUCUUUACGCAGAAUUCAUUUGGCAGUUUUAUCUGCUCAAAUUGCUCCAAUAAAUGGAAAUCUGGUUUGAUCACCCUUAUCUUUCAAUUUUGCUUGAAGUCUAAAAGGGGCUUGGUACUAUUAAGGAUAUUUAGACAGCAGUGCCGAAGAUGUAAAUACCCUAAUUUAGAGAAACCAACUAUAGAAGAAAAUGAAGUAAAAGACAGUCUGAUGAGACUUAUCAUAAAAAUUAGAAAAUGCUGCUACAAUGAGAAGAUGACAUCAAACCCACAAACAAGAGGUCCUGCUAUUACCAAACCACAUGAAAGUAAUCUGUGUGAAGCCUGCUUAUUUGGGAUAUGUCCCAAAUCUCAAUGAUAAAUGUUACUCAAAAUCUCAAGCUAUCAUGGAUUUUGUGACACAAGGACAUGAAAGAAAACACAACAAAAUAAUUAUACAGUAGAUCUAAAUAACCCCUAAUGCUUCUUGAUAAUAGCAUCUGAUUUACAGGUUUCAGUCAUGAAGAACUUAGUAUCAGUUUAUGUAUCAUAUUGCAUCAGCAUAAAAAAUUGUUUGUAAAUAUCCAAUCAAAUAAAGAUUCUCUGCUGUACAA